CAACAAGAGCAAGAAUAUAUAGAUGCAGCAUUAAAAGCCGUUACAAAUAUUUAUAAUAAGAAUUAUAAACAUAAUUUACCAAUUAUUAUCGAUAAUGAAGUUGAUGAUCCAAAUGAUUUUCUUAUUAAUGUUUUUGAAAAAAGUAACGAAAUUAAUAAAGUUGAAUUAGAAGAUUAUCUUCAAAAAUCUGUAAUUCCAUUUAAGACAGAUCCAUUACAAUGGUAG